AUGAAUUCUUCUUGCAUUCACACGUACAAGCACAUGUACCUGUACACGUACACCACAAACACACCUGGCAAGUACACCACAAACACACCUGGCAAGUGCACCACCCGCCUCGUGUUUCGACCCGCCCAGAAACCCCCGCUGCGCGACUUCCCUCGUCGCUCCCACCCUCCCACUUUCCCUCCCACCGUCCCUCCCAACGUCCCUUCCCACUCCGAUUCUCGGGGCGCUCUCCCCGGGUACCUGCUCGUACAGGUACCUGCUCGCCACCGCGCCGGCGGCGGCGACGGGUACCGAUACCUGCGGCGUGCUCCGUGCAAGUACUCGGCCUCGUCGUGCCCCUUCGUCUCUCAACCGCUCUUCCUCGCCAUCUCAUCUCGCUGGUGCCCCCCGAACGCUGCCGCUCCGGGUACGAGCACGCGUGCGUACCGGUACCUCUUCGCUCGCACGCCCAAGUGCCUCCGCUGGCACGGUGCACCCACGUGCGUGUACAUGUACUUGCUUACGUACUCGUACGCUCGCGGUACGUGCUGCCCACGCUACGCCCGAGUGCCCAACGCCCCCCAAGUACCUCGAGCGCUGUACUUGUACAUGCGAUACGCCUACGCCCAAUACCUGCUGGGACGCAUUCUCGUACGAGCAGGUACCUGCCGUGGCCGUUCCACUUUUUACGGUGGAGCCCCCUACCUCCAUCCAUCAUUUUCCAACUCCGUUCCGUUCAUCGUCUUCAUCCACCACCACCACCACCACCACCACCACCACCACCACCACACCCUGGUCGUCCUGCUCGCCGUCGACAGUAUUCCUCGUCCUCCAUCCUCGUCUCCAUCCUCGUCCUCCAUCCUCGUCUCCAUCCUCGUCCUCCAUCCUCGUCUCCAUCCUCGUCCGGCUCCUCGUCUCCAUCCUCGUCCGGCUCCUCGUCUCCGUCCUCGUCCGGCUCCUCGUCUCCGUCCUCGUCCGACUCCUCGUCUCCAUCCUCGUCCGACUCCUCGUCUCCAUCCUCGUCCGACUCCUCGAGCUGCCCGCCCAACCCGAACGCAACCUCUCCGCCUCGCCCCUUCCGGCUCCGACGCACGACACCAGCCCCAGGCCUGCCCGCCCCCCCCCGACCAUGUUGCGAUAGGCUUGCCCGUCCGAGGCCGCUCCUCUUCUCCGCUUCCCGAAGCCUGCGUCGCGAGUGCAGCCGCUCGCGCUGCAGCAUGUCGAAUCGAGCCCCCGCGCCCUCGUAAAUCCUCCAAAAUGGACUCCUCCCAGCCUUGCGACGACGACUCGCCGCCGCCGACCCCGACCCCGACGCAGCACCCGAACCAGCCCACGGUCCAGGUGCCCGCCGGAACCUUUCUCCCCUCGUCCUCCUCGCUGCCGCUGCGCACCGCCAGCAGCACGCCCAUAUCCGCUCCCGGCCUCUUCAGCCCGUCGCCCUCGCGCCAUCUCCCGACGUCCGUCUCCGAGAGCAACACGCCCAUCCAGUCGACGGGCAGUCCCUACCUGCACCCGUUGCAAUCCCACAGAGUCAGAGAGUACGUCGUACCCGUCACCGUCCCGCCUGCUUCUCCUGCUCGUCCUGCUGCUGCUGUUGCUGCUGCCGCCGCCGCUGCUCCGCUUCCCCUCCGCUUCCCCUCCGCUUCCCCUCCGCUUCCCCCUCCGCUUCCUCCUCCGACGCACAAGGCCCUCAUCGACUCGGACAACAUCACCGGCCGCAAGUCCAUCAAUCAGUACGAGGUCAUCGAGGAGAUUGGCCGCGGCAUGCACGGCAAGGUCAAGCUCGCCCGCAACACCGAAACGGGCGAGAAUGUGGCCAUCAAAAUCAUCCCGCGCUUCUCCAAGAAGCGCAGGCUCGGCCGCGUCACCGCCAUGUCGCCCCAGGACAAGACCAAAAAGGAAAUCGCCAUCCUCAAGAAGAUGCGACACCCCAACGUCGUCGCCCUCCUCGAGGUCAUCGACGACCCCGAGCUCCGCAAGAUCUACAUGGUCCUCGAGCACGUCGAGCUCGGCGAGAUCGUCUGGCGCAAAAAGGGCCUCCCCCACAUCUGCCAGUUCGAGCGCCGCCGCGUCGAGCGCGAGAUCCAAGGCGAGGCCCCGACGCUCGAGGAGGAUCAGUACAACCGCAUGAUGGAGCGCCGCCAGGCCCUCAAGGAGAUCAAGCGCGCCAAGAUGGCCCGCCACUUCCCCGGGCCCUCGGACUACUGGAGCGUCGAGCACGGCGCCGCCGACGAGCUGAGCAGCAGCGCCGGCCGCUGGUCGCGCGUCUCCUCGCGCGACGACAUGGCCCUCUCCGACCCCCCCUCGUCGCGCCCGACCUCGCGCCGCUCCUCGCUCGCGCCCUCGCGCUCCGUCUCGGUCCGCUCCACCGGCCGCCCGCCCACGGAGCUCGACGACGGCGUCGACUGGACCGAGGACCUGCAGACGCCCAUGCCGCGCUCCAACGCCUCCGUCGUCGCCGACGCCUCGCCGCCCGCCGCGAGCCCCCACGACGGCUUCCGCGUCCGCUCGCCGAGCAUGGCCGACUCCAUCAUCUCCCACAUGUCGUCGGUCGACUACAACCCCCGCGCCCACGACCCCUUCGGCGAGGACUUCUCCUUCGUCCCCUGCUUCACCCUCGACCAGGCCCGCUCGACCUUUCGCGACACCGUCCUCGGCCUCGAGUACCUCCACUACCAGGGCGUCGUCCACCGCGACAUCAAGCCGGCCAACCUCCUCUGGACCCGCGAGCACCGCGUCAAGAUUUCCGACUUUGGCGUCUCCUACUUCGGCCGCCCCAUCCGCGACGGCGAGCUGCUCGACGAGACCGUCUCCGAGUCCGAGGCCAAGGACUUUGACGACGACCUCGAGCUCGCCAAGACGGUCGGCACCCCCGCCUUCUUCGCCCCCGAGCUGUGCUACACCGACGUCGACAAGGACGAGCAGCCGCGGGUGUCGGAGCAGAUCGACGUCUGGUCCCUCGGCGUCACCCUCUACUGCCUCGUCUACGCCCGCAUCCCCUUCCUCGCCGAGGACGAGUUCCAGAUGUUCCGCAAGAUCGCCACCGAGGACGUGCACAUCCCCCGGAGGCGCCUCAAGCCCGUCGACCCGUCGACCUCGCCCGCCGUCUCGUCCCUCUUCAAGCGCCAGAACCCGCACCCCUACCGCGACGACAACGACCUCGAGUACGAGGACGUCGACAACCUGCUGUACGACCUCUUGCGCCUCAUGCUCGUCAAGAAUCCCGAGCGCCGCAUCCGCCUCCGCGACAUCAAGCGCCACCCCUGGGUCGUCCAGGGCAUCCCCAACAUACUCGCCUGGCUCGACGACACGGACCCGGCCCGGCCCUCGUGCGGCCGGAGGAUCCAGGUCGACGAGAAGGACAUGUCGUACGCCGUCGUGCCCCUCAAGUUUCUCGAGCGCGCCCGGUCGGCCAUGAAGAAGGCCGUCGGCAAGGUCAUGCACCCGCUCGCCGACCGCGGCGACAGCAGGUCCCGCCGCCGCGCCGCGAGCAGCGUCGCGAGCACCGCCGGCGACAGCCUGUUCAGGCACGCCGGGCCCCCCGCCCACCUCGCCGCCAACGACCGGCGCAGCAGCUUCCGCGUCGACGACUACUUCUCGCCGCACGUCCAGCCCCCCAAGGACCUCAAGCCCGCGCCUUUCCACGCCGAGCCUGUCGUCCUCGGCGCCGUCGGCGCGCGGCCGGAGACGGUCGCCUACGACCCGCUCGCCACCGUCCUGCCGCCUCCGGAGAAGUCGCUGGCGAAGGCGCUCGCGAAGCCGCGCGGGUCGAGCGCGACGGAGCUCGACGUGGCCGCGAGGGAGAUGAUGCACCCCGGGUGCUCUCGACGCUUUCACCGCCACGCCGGCCACUCGCAGCUCUCUCACCUCCUGCGCCUCGCGCCGACCCAACCGCCCGAGACGCAGUCGACGCCGGCCACGCCGCGGCUCGAGGGGCGCCACGCCGAGGACCGGUUCGUCGGGGACGCCACGGGCCGGACGGCGCGCGGCGACGAAUCUCGCGGCGAGGAGAGCACGAGAUCGUCCUCGGCCGAUCGCGCCCUGUUCACGAGCGCCGACAAGCGGUCUCACGCCGAGGUGGGCCUCAGCAUCGCCACGGCGCCCGGCAGCAUCCAUCCGCCGCGCCACGGCAGCAGGCCGGUUCGCUCCGUCGACUUGGGGAGAGGCAAGUGCAUGUACUCGCCCGGCGGCACGCUGUCGCCGCUCUCCUGCUCGCCAAUCACGUCGACGGCCCGCCAGCUCGUGCCGUCGCCGGCCGAGGACGGCGUCGACGCGCAUCGGCCAUCGUCGGCCGAGGAGAGCGCGAGGCCGGCGCAUCCCUCCGCGCACGUCCCGGCUGCCGAGCCGCCCGAGCGUGCACCCCCCUGCUCGGCCGAGACCGAGGGCGGCGCCGUCGUCGAUUCGGCGGUCAUCCCUUGUCCGCCGUCGCCCGGCGCGCGGGACGCGACGGCGAUGGCCAAGUCGUCCAGCAUGGAGUCUGUCGAGGGAACCGGCACACCCCUGACGAGCCCCAGCGAGGCGACGAGCCCCGUCGCCGUCGACGCUCCACCCAAGCAGGCGUCGCAGAGCAUGCUCGUCAUCCAGUCCGAUCCCUCCCUCCCGGCACUGCUAAGCGGCUCCAGCUCUGUCUCGGCCGACAUCGAAGGCGAACUGCUCGGCAGGCCUGGCGUCGUGACCGGUGGCCCCCGGAGGCUCGAUGCCGACGCACCGCCGCCCGCCAUGGCCAAGGCGGCGGCCGGAAUGGCCCAGAGCUUCGGGAAGCUGCCGACGACGAACAGCGGGUCCUUGAAGCUCCGCAUCGAGCCCGACGCGCCGGUGGUGGAGAGUGCCGACACGCUCGGGCCGGACUCGCGGCUCGCCGACGACGACGACGACGACGGCAGCGACGACGGCAUCCUGCUCAUGGCCAAGGCACGGCAGAGGACGCCGAUUCUGCCCAAGGGGCUGCCUCUUUCGUUUGAGUCGAAACGACGCGACACCGACGCGAGCAUCGCCAGCAACGAGACGGCGAAGAAGAUACCCAUCCCUGACGGCGGCGCAGCUCUCUGA